CCCAGCGCCGACGGACUGCGGAGUCCCCCGGCGUGAGGCGGCGCGACUGGGCCUGAAGAGGAGUGGCGGGCUCGGGCUCGGGCUGGGCCGCAGCCGCGGGGAUGAGUAAACAGGACGAGGCGGACCGGACGAUAUUUGUGGGCAACCUGGACAGCGGCGCCCGGGAGGAGAUCCUGUUCGAGCUCUUUCUGCAGGCUGGUCCGUUAACCAAGGUGCACAUAGCCAAAGAUAAGGAUGGCAGACAGAAGACCUAUGGGUUCGUUUGCUUCAAGCACACAGAGUCGGUGCCAUAUGCCAUCACCUUGCUAAAUGGGAUCCGAUUAUACGGUAGACCAUUGAAUCUGCAGUAUCGUUCUGGAAGCUCCCAUACAGCAGACCCAAGUGUGCCAUACCUGGGAGCAGACAGCACUCUGUGUCGGGCACCACAAGACAACUCCAGGAGCCCUCAAUUCCAAGAUGGACCAAGUUCUUCGCUGUUUCUAACUCCACCAUACUCUAUGAACAACAGCUUCAGCAGUCCUGACCCCUACUAUUGGCAAGCUAUAAUGAGCUCUUACGCACUGCAGCAGUACCACUUGAACUCCCAGAUGCUUCAACAGCAGCAGCAGUACUACCAGGCAGUUUCACAACAGAUUGGAGCCCCGGUGCCUCAGGUACCCCACUUCAGUCAGCUGCAGAACUUUAUGGCCAGGCCCUGCCCUCCUGCACAGGACAGCUGGCCGUCGUGGGACCCAGACCAGGGGAACGGUCGCGACAGUGGAGGAGGCAGGAGCGUGGAGUCGGACAGUGACAGUGACGGCAGAAGCCACAAGUUCCAGGGCUUCAGCAAACACACCUACAAGAAGCACAAAUCCAAAAAGAAGAAAUAUUGACAGUGGGAGAGGGGCUGGUCUGGAGGGAGCAGCAGAGGACGUCGCCCUCGGAGGUGUGUGCAUGAUCAGACCUCACCCACAGAAACUGACAUAAGCCGAACGUUCUGACAUUGUCAGGCUGGGUUGGAUGGGAUGCACAAGUGCAAUGUUAAUUUGGUGGAGGAUAGGCCUUCACGAAAUGACCACAGUGUUGUCAUUGGCUUCGGGGAAGUGUGGGAAUCAUCUGAAAGACUAGGCCACCUAUACUGUGAAAUGACGUCCCUCCAAACUUGGGACACAUCCAGAGAUGUGUAUUGGAGAUGUAGACUGCUGCUAUUACUACUACUACCACUAACGGGAGCAAUUGGAAUUAAUGAAUUUAAGAGCAUUGCACAAGCUAUGCAUUGUGCAUCUUUCUGUUAUAUUGGUUUGGAGUGUUAUUUCCUUCCCGUGGUGACUGAAUGAAGUGUAACUAACCCUUGCGCUUGGGGAAGCAGAGGGGUAAAUUCACCAGCUCUAUGUGACUGGUGGGCAGGUGCAUUUGAAGAUAGGGGGCGUGCACAGUGUUCCUGGUCUGACUCUGGUUCUCGCUGCCUUCAAGGGGAGGCCAUGCUGCAAGCUUGAAAUUGCCAAGUUUACUCAUUAAAUCUGAACUGGCUAUUUGUUUGUCACUUUCAGAAAUUAAAUGCUAUUGCUCUCAGUUUAGUCCUAAUGUUAAAAAAAA